AUGGCGAGACAAUUACUACCAGCAACUUCAAGGUGCAGCCAUGGGAUCGUCUCUUUCACCGGUUAUAGCCAACAUCUUCAUGGAGCACUUCGAAACAACGGCACUCCGCAUAGCAGAGGUGACUCAGACCACUUCCUCGCCCACAUCAACAAGCAUCACCCGAGCAUUAAAUUCACCAUGGAGACCAAGCAAAACAACAGCAUCCCCUUCCUAGACAUCCUCUUUACCAAAUCGUCAUCCGGCAAACCCGCUCACCAAGUCUACAGGAAACCAACACACACCGAUAGAUAUCUUCACUACAGAUCCUUUCACCAUCCAUCCGUACUACAAUCGGUCUCCAACGCCCUCAUCCGCCGAGCCCAUCAACUGAGCGAUGCCGACCAUCUAGACCAGGAAAUCCAGCAUGUCACCACAGUCCUAACUACCAUCAACAAAUACCCAAGACAUAAGAUCAAGAACCAGCUUCAGACGCCAGAAGGCAGCCUUCAUCAUUUCAUGAAGCACUACCCCAUGGAAAGGAGCCCAGGAGGUACCAACACCCUUGGUAUCAUGCGCACGAGGACGCACACCAUCCGAGAGAACCUCAGGACCCGCCGUUUGAACCGCCUCAACAAACCAUCUAGAGAUAGAUUCCUUCGAGGCAGAUGA